AUGAGAAGGGGACUCCAGUCGCCGGCCCCGGCUGCGCCGCCGCCAGCACCGUCCACGGACUCCAGAGCGGCCCCCGCCGCCUUCCCUGCCCGCUUUGCCGCCGGCACCUUCAUCCAGAUCCGCAGCACCGGCGCGCCGGCGGGGGCGACCUGUGUUGUCUCCUCCUCCUCCGCCGCCGCUUCCCAGGCUCCCGGUGCCUUUGCCCCGGCGGCGGAUGGGGGCCAGCCCGCUGGCAGCUCGCUGUACUGCACCCCCCACGGACCUGCCGGCAGGACGGCGCUGCUGCAGCCCGCUCUCGGCGGAGGCGGAGGCCGCCCCCCGGCAAAACGAAGGCUGGAACUGGGAGAAAGUGGUCAUCAGUAUCUUGCUGAAGGACUAAAGACUCCGAAGGGGAAAGGAAGAGCUUCAACAAGAAGUCCAGAUAGUCCAAAAACUCCAAAAUCUCCUUCAGAAAAGACUCGGUAUGAUACAUCGCUUGGCCUACUUACAAAGAAGUUCAUUCAGUUGCUGAGCCAAUCUCCUGACGGGGUCUUAGAUUUGAACAGAGCGGCAGAGGUCCUCAAGGUGCAAAAGAGGAGGAUUUACGAUAUCACCAAUGUACUGGAAGGCAUCCACCUCAUUAAGAAAAAAUCCAAAAACAACAUUCAGUGGAUGGGCUGCAGUCUGUCAGAGGAUGGUGGCAUGCUGGCACAACGUCAAGGUCUCACAAAGGAGGUGACUGAACUGACUCAGGAAGAGAAGAAACUGGAUGAGCUAAUCCAAAGCUGUACCCUGGACCUCAAGCUGCUAACAGAAGACUCAGAGAAUCAGAGAUUAGCUUAUGUGACAUAUCAAGAUAUCCGAAAAAUUAGUGGCCUUAAAGACCAAACAGUUAUAGUUGUGAAAGCUCCUCCAGAAACAAGACUUGAAGUGCCUGACCCAGUGGAGCAGAGUGCAUUGAUACAUUUAUCUAGUACUCAAGGACCUAUUGAAGUUUAUCUGUGCCCAGAGGAAAACGAUGCCAUCAGUCCAAUGAAAAGCUAUAGUCAGGACCACAAUGGAAAUAUUUCCAAAACCAUUUCCAAAGAAGUGGCAUCUGCUAACUCAGGACAAGGUGACUGCUCAGUAAAUAUGGCAACAAUCUCUCCAUUGGCUUCUCCAGCCAACCUUCUCCAGCAGACCGAGGACCAAAUUCCCUCAAACUUUGAAGGACCAUUUGUGAAUUUGCUGCCUCCUCUGCUUCAAGAAGAUUAUUUACUGAGCCUUGGAGAUGAAGAAGGCAUCAGUGACCUCUUUGAUGCUUAUGAUUUAGAGAAGCUUCCUUCGUUGGUGGAUGAAUUUAUAUACAGCUGAUUCUCUUAAGUUCUGUCUAUAUCUAAAUCGUGUUUUUAAUGGAAUCAAAAAACCUGCCGUCAUUCAGAGUUGCCCCUAGUUACUAUAAAAUAGCAUUAUUAAAUAGUCUAGGCUCUUAAACAGUGCUGAUAUUUUAAUUAAGUACUCCCUAAAAUACUAUAAACAACAAGCAAAGGCCUUUCCAGCAAGGCCUUCUUGACUCUGAGCCCCAGCGCCUUGUAAGUCAGCAAAUGCAAGCAGGUGACUGUCAAUGCUUUGUCUUCACACUCCCCCAGUCUCUGCUUACUGUGACAAGUGGGCUUAUGGAGAAGGGCUCAGUGAACUGGUCUAGUCCUAAAUAACAAUUUUUUAAUAGUAUUUCAGGUUGUGCCUUCUGCAGAGAAUGCAUGUCUUUUGAGUGUCACAACAGAAAUAUGAAAUAAUGCAAAAGUGUGAAAUGGGAUUCUUCAGCUACUUGUGGGAAUGUUUAAAUUGCUGUCAUAAGGCUCAUUUUGAGCUGUGUAUAUGUCUCAUUCUGAGGUCAAAUACAUCCUUAAAAGCUUUUAAUAAAAAAAAAAUACACUGUAAAUGUAGUGUACAUUGCAAAUAUUGAAAAGUAUAAGGUUCUGCCACUUCAUGUAGUAAUCACAGGUUUUUCAAAAUGCUUGUGUGUGUGUGUGUGUGUGUGUGUGUGAAAGUAGUGUUUGUUCGUUGUUUUUUUAAACUAGAACGAAGAUGCACAGUUAAAUUUUACUGCCCCCAGUGUGCAUUAGAAUUGGUACAUAAAUUUUUGUGGUACUAAGUGGGGCUUUUUGUUAAGUGCCUACUAGAGAUGCACUGUGGGUUUUUCCCUCUAUGGAAAACACUUAUGCCAAGCUUUGUUUGUUCAAUAUAUCAUAUUUAUCUCAGUGGGUUAGCUUCCUCUGCUUACAGCUUUUUAUAAUUCUCUUUGCCAGCAAAACUAAUUUUUUUUUCCAAACUACAUAACUGUAAGUACCACAUCAACUGAAUUGCAUUUAUUUUUUGAAUAUAUUUGGUAGUAUAGUAUAGUACCAAUAU